CCUCUCCUCGAUCGCACCUUAUCGUCGACGACGUGUGCGACUAUAAUAAUUCCAGCACCCGCGGCCGAUCGUCAAAGCGGCCGGACUAUUGUCGUCACAUCGAACGAACGCUACUGGAAGAUCAGACCAACCACGGAAGGUCGUGCAAGAGCAACUAUGGAAAGCAUGGGGGUAGCGAGAUGGACGUCGACGGUGCAGGAGCUCGCUGGCGCCCUCGGCAAGCCCGACGUGCCGGCCCGGUACGUCUCGCGCGGACUUCACGAAGACGACCAGCAGCCCGCCGUGGCGCCGGUGCCUGUCAUCGACAUCGGCCGCCUUUUCAACCAGGACGGUGCCGUCGCAGCUGACAACGAGGAGGCGAAGCUCCGGCUGGCGGUGCAGUCAUGGGGUCUCUUCCUGGUGACUAACCACGGCGUAGACACCUCGGUGAUGGACGGCAUGAUGGCCGCCUCGAGGGAGUUCUUCCGGCAGCCACCAGAAGAGAAGCAGAGAUACACCAACCUCAUCGGCGGCGAGCGGUUCCAGCUUGAGGGCUACGGGACCGACCGGGUGAGCUCGACGGAGCAGAUUCUCGACUGGUCCGACCGGCUUUACCUCAAGGUGGAGCCCGAAGAUGAGCGCAGCCUAGCCCUCUGGCCAGCGCAUCCCCAAACCUUCAGAAAUCUUCUGCACGAGUUCACCACGAAAUGCAGGGUGGUGAAGGACGGACUUGUCCGGGCAACGGCGAGGCUGCUGGAGCUCGACGACGACUACUUUGUGGACAAGUUUGGGGAGAAGGCUGACACCUACGCUAGAUUCAGCUACUACCCGGAGUGCCCGAGGCCGGAGCUCGUGUUCGGCCUCAAGCCCCACUCCGAUGGGAGCGUUCUUACCGUGCUCAUGGUCGAUGACACCGUUGGUGGGCUGCAGAUUUUGAGAGAUGGCGUCUGGUUUGAUGUACCGACUGUUCCUCACACCCUGCUGAUCAACAUAGGUGAUCAAACUGAGAUAAUGAGCAAUGGGAUCUUCAAAAGCCCUAUGCAUAGAGUUGUGACAAAUGCUAAGAAAGAAAGGUUAUCGCUGGCUCUAUUCUACUCGGUUGAUCCCGAGAGAGAAAUUGAGCCAGCGAGUCAGCUGGUAGAUGAGAACAGACCGGCGUUGUACAGAAAGGUCAAGGUCAAGGACUACAUUGCCGGACUCUACGAACAUGUAUCUCAAGGAACGAUGGUUAUUGACACAGUGAAGAUAUAAAUAAAGCUCUGCAAAAAACAAGACAUAAAUAGAGCAAUACUACACGCACGGAUUAUGUUUACAGAGUAUUACACACAGUGGCUUACCUAGCUGAUUUUGAUUGGGUAGAAAUAAAUUGACGGGCCCACACCCCUUC